GCAUGCGAUUCAUGUUUGCUUAGGGGGUCGCGUUGUCGCUUUGGGGCUAACUACCUACUAAUCUUGAAGCUUAUCCAACAUGAGGUGAGGAGCAGCAAUGCACUUGGACCUUCCAUAGCACCCAACCAAAACAAUACCAGGCCACAAACUACCUUACUCCAUGAACCCACCACCAAGUCCUCCAUCACAGGCGAGCUCCCACUUUCAGCUUGAACCAGUUCCUGCUGCAAUACUGGCCGAUAAAGAAGUCAAAAGGCGCGAUGCAAUCGCACUGUUGGGAGCCUGCAAGACAGGAUGCAAAGCCAUUGACGAGGAGGUCAUGUUAGGCGGCUUUGAACGCGGAAGUGUUGUGGGUAUCAGCGCUGAAGAUGAAGAGCUAGCGGUUCAGCUUGGUCUCCAGACCCUUGCACAUUCACUUUGUGAAGGUACGGUUACAAGUGGCCUGCUCAUCACUCCCAGGCCAGCAAGCGUAAUGCUGGCUGGGCUGAGGGACGCGGUGAAGGCCGAACUCGAGGCCAAAUGGUGCGCAAAGGAUACUAUAAAGAUGAAACUCAGACAGUGUCUCGAAAAAGUCAUGCUGUCUUGUGUAUUUGACUUGAAUGGUCUAUGGGAGGCACUGGCAGAUCUGGAUUGCGAGUUGGUUGAAGAGAAGGAUGAUGCGCCGCAGGAACAAAGGACAACAAAUAGACAACGUGAAACAACAUAUCAGUUUGACGAGAUCCAGGACAGUCAGGAUGACGAUGAUGAGGCUUUCUCCCCCAUUCAGCAAGCUUCGCAGCCACGAGCAGAGAAGCCGUAUAGCAAGACACCACAGCACCCAGACGUCAUCGUCAUUACGCAUUUCUCAUCUCUUCUGACAAGUCUCUUCUUUCACCGCGAGAAAUCAGCGGCGCAUGCCGCCCUUCAACUUCUGAGCCCACAUCUCCGCGAUCUCUCGCGCAAUCUGCCAUCGAAACCACUGAUUCUUCUACUGAACUCGACAUCAGCGGUUUCCUCGGGUCCAGCACUCGCAACCGUAGCCGCAACUUCACCAGCGAAGCAAAGCCAAGUUGACCCAACACUACGAUCCAUCUUCAACCCACCCCCAUCCACCGGCUACAGCGCCCGGCGUACGAAACCCAACUUCGGUCUGAUAUUUACGCAGCUACUGGACUUGCACUUACUAUGCACAAAAGUCCCGAAGACAAGGCAGGAUGCUGAGGGAACAGCGAGGCAACGUCCUGGGGAUGAGAUUGAGAUGGUAUGGGUCGUAGAGGUGUUGUUGGACGAGCUGGGCGUCUGGGAAGGCAAUACAGGAUCUAGGCCAGGGAGAGAGCAGAGAUGGGCGGCCGUGAAACUUGAGAGGGGGAGAAUCGGAACAGCAAUUGAUGAGAAGGAGCCCCAGGCUAAAGUUCCAAAUACAAGCGACGUGAGGCUUGCGGGGGGCUUUGGAGGACGGAGAGUAUAAGGUAAUUAUGGCAAGUUGUAACGAACGGCGAAGCUAUAUGAACUCCAAACUUAGGUAGGCUUACGAUAUCCAAGUGGGUUUGGGGAUACGAAUUAUGGUGUACUCAGCCCGAUGAGUAGCUAAAAGGCCUUGUAUCUCUAUAGAGCUCAUUUAAUAUUUGUGGUGUGGUGUGCUAUGAUAGAAAUGUUCUAUGAUACCUACCUAGGUAGGCAAGUUGCAGCACUCGCAUCGUCCGUUCUAUUCCCGGCGC